UUUAAACUAUGGCCGUUAUAAACUAACGGUUAUUGCUGAAUGAAGCAGGCAGCCAUUACUAUCACUCCGUUCUGAUAGUGAAAUAUAAGCAUAUAAAUAGGAACGUGUUUCUUGUACACUACCCUGCUCCCCCGACGUGUGAGCAGACCUCGCCGGCGUGCUGCAGCGCCACAUCCAGCGACAACCAGCAACAACCAGCAACGGCAAACCGGAACAGCGGGUCUGUGGACGCGACACAAAAUGGAGGCGCUGCGCCGCUUUUAACUUUCUGUUUCUUUUUCGAUUCUCGAUUCUUCGGAAGCUCCGAAACGGCGGCGGCCCGCGCACUCCUACACCCAAACUCGGUUGUGAGAGAUUCGUUUUCCCCCAACAGCCAUCACCAACACAACCUAAAGCGCAUUUAAACACUAAUGUGACACUUUGGUUUUGUAAGCCGCUGAUGUUUCUAGUUACGCCCCGACCUUUAACGGUUUAGCAGCGAGCUAACAGAGCUAGCUUCACUUCCUGGUUACACAAUCGUAUCCUUGAAAGCUGAGACCAAACCAGUUUUCAGGCGAGCUGGAAAAAAAAAAAGAGAGACAGAGAGAUAUCUACAGAAAGUAUGAUCGCAUAGCGUGUAUGAGGAAAACUCUAAUAAUUCAUUGGAAAUCUAAAAAAAACACACAUUUCGAUGAAGAUAAGUAAUAACGCCAGGAAAGGAAAGUCGAUGUGAUUUUAUAUCAAGAGGAACGCAGAAACGCCAGCCAAUGCCUCGCCUUCAUGGAGAAUGACACUAAUAUACCGAAAGAAGGUCUUCUUGAGCCAGUGCUUUCUGGCUCAGUAACCUUUGAAAACAGUAUUUUAGCUCCUUUGCGUAACAACUAUUUGUGUGAGGAGUCCAAAGAGUCUUUUACCUACAAUUCAGCACUGCUAGUUAAUAAUCCAGACCUACAAAAAAGAUAUUCUGCUUUUCGUGCUGAAAAACGUAAAAAUGGCUACUCUGAAGAGGAACUUGAGGAGUCAUUUGGCUUUAUGUUGCUUGAUGACAAAUCCAGGGCAAAGAGACUUGUGGAAACAGGCCUAAUUGUUGGCCAUGGGACAUGCACCAUUCUUGGGGAUUGUUCAAAGGGUGUAUAUAUCUCAAAGUACUCUGACUGCCUCGAUCUAAAGCGCUGGUAUGAUGGGAAGACGGGCUACAUCGUUCUGUUAAAGUUGACAAAGGGUCGUGUAAAGGAAGUGACAGAAAACUACACACAAAACUUCACACCUCCAACCGCCGGGUUUGACUGCCAUGUGUCGGAGCAGCUCAGAGCAGUGUGUGCAACCACCAGUUCCUUUUUAGCAUUUGAAAGAACCCAGUAUUAUAUGUAUGAGCUGCUGGAUGGAUGGAAAAAGGUCGAGCCAUGCCCAAGGCACGUGUGCCCAUUCGCCGUUGUGGCUUUCUCCUAUGGAAAAACUAGCAUCUCGUUAGAGCUGAAAGAGAGAAGCCAAGAGAAAUUAUCAUUUCAAUACCAACCCUGGAGUGGCCAGCUGAAGAUCGAGUCCAUUCUGUACGACAUUGGGUUGAAAUCCAGCCAUGGAGCCAUGUUCCCAGCAAAACUUCCAAAAACAGUUCAAGUUAACUGUGCCAUUGGAGUCGCUGAACUGAGGAAGACAUUACCCCAAGCAGUUUUUGAAACUUCUCCUCUUGGUGAAGUUUCAUUUGAUGGCAAAUGGUUUACCAUGUACGAUGUCAUCUCCUUUGAGACAAAAAAUGACCUAGCUUACUUAACUGAAGAGCUGAAGGAGAAGGACAUGGCCCUUGUUGUAUGCUUGGAAGAUGGUGGUUUUCUUAUACUUUUACAUUCAUCUAAUUUCCUGUCUUAUGAAGGUGUAAGUACAGAUAAAGCUUUUGGUCUUCAAGGAAUGUUUGUUUAUCCUGACUCCAGAACAGUGCCAAGAGAGACCAAGAGUGGAUACCGUAAGUCUGCAGUUUCAUCCGAGGUUCUUCAAAUUCUCCCCGCCCUAAAUUAUGCGGAAUUAGAAAUGGAGAAAUGUCCUCCAAAGCAGCGUGAGGAGCCCCUUGGCAUAAUGGAGAAACAUUUGCAGAACUUUGCUGCUCUCAUUUUACCAGGGCUAACUGGCAGCCCAACUAGGGAAGCUAGUAUGUUUCCUGAUCAGUAUGAUGUACCCGAUGGUUUUCCUCUGUUUGCACCAAAGUGGACGGAACAAACUGGGGAUCGCCUCAAGACAUAUUUAGAAAGUCCUCAUGGUUUUCAAAUUCCAGUGGCCAGAUCAUUGGAAAUCCUUGCUGCUGGAAAACAGCAGCGCAGUGAUGAUAACGAUGAUGAUGUCUAUUACUAUAUUUCAUCACCUGAGGCGCCCAGACUCCCGCUGGAAUGGUUCUGGAAAGAAAUUUGAAUAAUGAAACAGAUCACAUAACUAGCAGGGACGUUUCCGAUGACGUAAAAAAGACAGCCGAGCAGCAGGCUGAACCGCAAAAGACUGAAGCUGCUGAACUGCCUCAUUGUGCUACGAUAAAGGAAGUCACACCCACUGCAGCAGUGGUUGCAGCGCCUGACGAUAAACCAUUCAAAAGCACAGACCCCUCACCCACAUCAGGUGACCUCCCAACAGAACACUAUGCUCAGGACAUUCAUGCAGUUAAUUCUGCUCAGGACAGUGAGGAAACAUCAGAGCGUGUCUCAGUUGAUGAAAAAUGCAGUGGGGAGGAGAAUUCAGAAACCGUUCAGCCCACGAAUGUGGAGUCGCCAUCCAUAGAAAUGCAAAACGACUCCUCAACUCUGGCGUCUAAUGCCGAAAUGGAAGUCGAUCGUUCCGAGAAAGUCGAUUGUUUAUCAGAUGUGCUGCCUGAAGUUAAAGGUCAGAUACCCGUUGCAGACAAAGUUCUACAGGAAGCCGACCUUCCGACAUCCAUUUCAUCUCCGACAACAUCAGUAAACCGGACUGAGGCAUUAAUUGAAGGUUGUAAAGAAGUGCAGCCGGAGGCGAGUGGUAACGUUAUUGCUGAAAAUAAAUCCGUACCAAACCGGCGUGGAAAAAGGAGGAGAAGGAAAACAUUAAAACGCAAUGCUAAUACAGUCAGUCCGAUUACAUCCACACUUCAAAACACUACUUCAGCCUUAAGCUUUUCAACAGAAGCUACUCCUGAACAGAGUAGUAACAGCGACACAAUACAUUCCUCACCCAGCACACUGAAAAAAGAUUGGCGUUCUCUCCCACGGCGGAAGAAGCACUGGAAUGCUGACGCCAGUGUGAAGCGGACAUUGAGGUCAGAUUUCAAAAGCACCGAACUACCCAGUGAUCAGAACGACGAAACCGAAAAUAAUACUCUCGUUACAGAACUUGCAGGAAAUGUUGUGCCCAGUGCACCGAAACGAAAAAUGGAAGGAUUUAAUAUGAGGGAACGGUAUGGCCUUAAGAAUAUUGUCACAGAUUGCGGCUUCCUCUUUGUGCCCCAUGGCUCAGAAGUUGCACCCGGAGACAUAAAGUCAAAUGAAAAUAUGCAAACACAAGAAUCGUCUAAGGUUUUAACCAGCAGUCCUAUUGCGGAGAAGCCAACAACUCCAUCAACACUUGAUAAAGCUCAGCUAUCAGAAACGGAAAACAUUGGUCAGCAUACGCCCGUAGCAAAAAACAUUUCACCGAAUCCAGCUGAGGCACUAUUAUCCAGGGACAUUACAGCAAAAGAUCCAAUACCUUCUCAUGGGUCUGAGGAAACAUCUGUCCCCGAACCUGCAGAACAAAAAAAUAAAAUUACAAAGAAAGGCCAUGUGUACAAGGCAAUAUCCAUAAGUAAACUAAAGACAGUGCUCAAAAGAGCAAAAAGGACUAAAUCCCCUGCUUCACCGGAUCACAGGAAAUCAGAAUCAGAUUAUCCAGAGCCUGACCCAAAAAGAGCCAAACCACACAAUGAUGUCGCGUUGCCCAAAACAGCGAAGUGACUCCUCAUGCUGAAUCAGCUGGGAGUCGAAAGCCAGUGGAAAAUACACAAUCCAAACCACCCCUGAGGACCAUGUCAUCAAAGGAGAAGCGGAUCUCAAAGAUCCCAAAAGAAAAUGGUUUGAAAGGCAUAUGCCCCCAGGUUCAACCCCCAGUUGGAAGUGUUGAGUCUUGCCUGUCCUUGAAAUCUGGCAUUCUCCUGAAGUUACCUGACCUCACUAAUUGUCCAGGCUACACAAAUAAAGGAGGCAAAAAU